CGCCAAAGACUCUUAUUGGAUCAUAUUAUCGAAGUAGGAAAUCGUAUUAUCGAAGUAGGAAAGAAAAAGGAAGGUAGCACAGCCAAAGACUCUUCUCUUCUGUUCUGUGCUCCCUCUUCCUCCAUUAUCAUGCUUUUCUUGCUUAAAUCCUCAACGGUAUUUUUAUGUUGCGGCUCUCUUGUCAGUGCUUAUGGCUUACUUUGAUGUACUGAGUUUCUUGUUCGCGGCUGGUGUUUGGUGUGCCACGUAUGCUUUUGUUGCAGUUCUUGGGAUUUUCCAGAUAUUCGAUAACUUCCGUACCUCUAUCUUGAAUUGAUAAAGCAUUUCAAAGAGCUAUAAUGGGUUAUGCACAGCUAGUUAUUGGCCCUGCAGGCAGUGGCAAGUCUACAUACUGCUCUCGUCUCUAUGAACACUGUCAAACAACAAGGCGCACAAUUCAUAUUGUGAACUUAGAUCCUGCCGCUGAAAAUUUUAAUUAUCCUGUCGCCAUGGCUUUCCUUGCAGAUAUCAGGGAACUCAUAUCUUUGGAUGAUGUUAUGGAGGAGCUUGGAUUGGGUCCAAAUGGUGGCCUUUUAUAUUGCAUGGAGCACCUUGAAGAAAAUUUGGAUGAGUGGCUAACAGAGGAAUUGGAUAACUUCUCGGAUGAUGAUUAUUUAGUUUUCGAUUGCCCAGGCCAAAUAGAACUUUUUUCACAUGUUCCUGUACUUAAGAACUUUGUGGAGCACUUAAAGCGUAAGAACUUCAAUGUUUGUGCUGUGUACUUGCUUGAUUCACAGUUCAUGACUGAUGUGACCAAGUUUAUUAGUGGUUGCAUGGCUUCACUUUCUGCCAUGGUUCAACUUGAACUGCCCCAUGUUAACAUUCUCUCCAAAAUGGAUCUUGUGACAAACAAAAGAGACAUUGAAGAUUAUUUGAAUCCAGAGUCUCAUGUUUUGCUGUCAGAGUUGAAUCAACGAAUGGCUCCUCAAUUUGAAAAGCUUAACAAAGCUUUGAUUGAAUUAGUGGAUCAGUAUAGCAUGGUAAGCUUCGUGCCUCUGGACUUGAGGAAAGAGAGCAGUAUACAAUACGUCUUGUCACAAAUUGACAACUGCAUUCAGUAUGGAGAAGAUGCAGAUGUGAAGGUUAAGGAUUUUGAUCCGGAGGAUGAUGAUUAGGGUGGCUUUGUGUCAUUUGUCUGGCUUUGUUGUAGUUGCAGUUCUGAUUAGGACAUGAGGUGCAAAACAUGUGUGAGAUCUUCUAGCAGAAUGGUUUGGACCUCAUGUGAACUAUUUUUGUAGUCUCAAAUAUUUACUGGGUUGCUUGUUUGUGAUUACUAACCGUAGGACUUUUGCCUAAAAACACAUUUACAUUACCAAUGCCUAGUGAUAGGUAUAGGUUUAGGCAUUAUGAGGUAUCAAUUUCAGCGUAUCAGUUUCAGCUCAUAGCUUUUAUUGUUCACAGUAGUAGGUGGUUAAGAAAACCUUUUGUCAAUUCAAAAUGGCUUCAACUUGCUCGAAA